AUGAGGAGGAAGUCACACUGCGCACACACACAGGUAGAUGUUUCACACUGUGACUUCCAGUUGCUUUACGUCUGUGUGCUGAGUGCUAACAUGUCUAUAGAUGGGACUAAAUUGUUGUUUGAGGGCUUUCUGCAGAAAAGAAAAGAUACUAUGAAAAUAAGAUGGGUGACUUACUGGUUCCGGCUUCAAAAUACAACCUUGUUCUUCUACACACAGAAGAACGGCAGUGCUUCACACUUGAGAGGCUAUUACUACAUUUACACAGUGCAGUCAGUGCGAGAGGUCCAGAGAGUUGACGGCAAGCGCUUUAUGUUUGAGAUCAUCAUGACAAAUGGAAAGAGGAAAGUGUUGGCAGCAGAGACGGCAGCUCUCAGAAAAGAGUGGGUAGGACACCUGUGGCAAGCCAUGAAUCUUUCGUCCUCUGUUGUUUCAGACACCAGAGGCACACAGCUUGAUGUGUGUGAGCAGCGGGACAGAUUAAACAGCAGCGCUCCCCUCUGCUCACACAGUGAGAGUGUGAUGCAGUUGCUGCCUGCCCGGCCCCUCUCUGCCCCUGCUCCUACGGGAUACAUCCACCCUGAGAUCAGUAGCAUUGCAUGUCUGUCUGAGGCGCAGAACAGAGAGGAGGCCAGUGAGGUGCACCAAAGCACACUGCCGUCCAGUAGCUACCAGCAUCACAGUGGUAACAGUCUCAACAGUUCUCAGUGGUCCAGUGGGCUGAACAAUGCAGAGGACAGACAAGAAGGACUCUAUGACUUUUUACCACCCAGAAACAGUGCCAGUCUCAACAGUUCUCAGUGGUCCAGUGGGCUGAACAAUGCAGAGGGCAGACCAGAAGAAGACUAUGACAUUUUACCACCUAGAAACAGUGCCAGUCUCAACAGUUCUCAGUGGUCCAGUUGGUUGAACAAUGCAGAGGGCAGACCAGAAGAAGACUAUGACAUCUUACCACCUAGAAACAGUGCCAGUCUCAACAGUUCUCAGUGGUCCAGUUGGUUGAACAAUGCAGAGGGUGGACCAGAAGAAGACUAUGACAUUUUACCACCAAGAAACAGUGCUAGCCUCAACGGUUCUCAGUGGUCCAGUGGGUUCAACAAUGCAGAGGGCAGACCAGAAGAAGACUAUGACAUUUUACCACUUAGAAACAAGGUUUGUGAGAUCAGCGCUUCAGCAGAGAUGAACGAGGGUGUGUAUGACUCUCCCAUCUCGUACAGGAGUAGUGCUGAACAUCCAGAUCCCACAGAGAGCAUCUAUGAUGUGCCGAGCUCUCUUUUGAGGAGGACGCCUGAUCACAGUUUAGUGGAUCAGCCGGCCAACGGAGCCUACUGGAGGAUAUGAGGUCCAGUUUAAGGACACAGCUGGCAGACUGGAGGGAAGCAGCAGCCUUUGAUACAAAGACUGCAUCUGGUCCAAAACUUGCAUGUGUGAUG